CCGAAGCAACGCUGAGAAGCGGCGUCGGCGCUGAGCACACACAAACGACACACUUGCUGAAGCCUGCUGACAAAAGAGGAAGAGGAAACUGGGCACAGAGAACCAGAGAGUUCACAGGCUCUCAGUGAAGCAGGGUUUGGCAUGGAGCUCCGAGAGGAGCCGGAGGGCCGGAGCGUGCGGCUGAGCGACGGGAACCUCAUGCCGCUCCUGGGCCUGGGCACGUGGACGUCCUCCAAACUGCCGCGCACCUGCAUGCAGGGGGCCGUGGAGGCCGCCAUCGCCGCCGGCUACCGCCACAUCGACACGGCCUUCUGCUACAACAACGAGGUGGAGGUGGGCAGAGCUCUGCAGGCCAAGAUGCGGCAGGGCGUGAUCCGGCGACAGGACGUGUUCGUGGUCAGUAAGCUGGGGACCACGCAUCAUGCGGCCCACGACAUCCCCAAGUGCCUGGAGAAAUCCCUGGAAGACCUUCAGCUGGACUACCUGGACCUGUACCUGGUCCACUCUCCCGUGGGCCUGAAGAGGGUGGAGGGCGAGAUGUUCCCCAGGAAGGACGGGCAGCUGCUGACGUCCGACGUGGACUACGUGGACGUUUGGCGGGCGCUGGAGGCUCUGCAGGCGUCUGGUAAGGUCAGGAGCAUCGGGGUGUCCAACUUCAGCGUCCUGCAGCUGCAGAGGCUCCUGGCUCUGUGUCGCGUCCCGCCCGCCGUCAACCAGGUGGAGCUGCAUCCGUACCUGGUCCAGGCCGAGCUGACCACCUUCUGCAGGUCCAACAAGGUGGCGCUGGUGGCCUACUCACCUCUGGGCUCUCCAGCACGCCCGCAGGAGAUGAUCAGAGGUGACACGGACCCCAAGGGACUCCUGGAGGAGCCGGUGGUGGUGGACAUGGCCCGGAGACACCGCCGUUCUCCAGCCCUGGUGCUGCUGAGGUUCCAGGUGCAGCAGAAGAUCGCCGUCAUCCCCAAGAGCGACAAGUCCCACCACAUCCUGGAAAACACCAAGGUCUUUGACUUCAGGCUGACGGAGGAGGACAUGGGGGCGCUGCGGAGCCUGGACCGAGGCUGGAGGGCCUUCACGCUGCCCGAGACCCAGUCUCACCCCUACUACCCCUUCCACUGAAGCCGCUGAGGCCUCCUGCGCAGCCUCAUCUUCAUCAUCAUCAUCGGCUCAAUCUCUUCCUCCUCCUCAUCAUCAGCUCCUCCUCACCAUCAUCAUCAGACCAGACUCCACAAGAAAAGAGUAAAAAACUUUAAUCUUCUGCACCACACUGAAGAUCCUCUGCUGCUGCACAGGACUGGAGCCCAGAACCACCUUCAGAAAAAUAACAUUUGAAAAGUCAAAGUUGAGUUCGGAACAGUAAAAGCCUGCAGCGCUCUGCUCCUCUCUUCACUGUGGCUCCGUCUGUUCCUGGCCAGCGGGCGCCGCCGGCCUCAGGGCGCACACGCAGGCACAAGCCCCCGCCACAGGCUUGGGCAGGUCCGGCCCUCGAGACCAGGAGCCCUGUUCCGGGUCGAAGACCUGGGUGGCGCUGGAGAAGGUCAUGGUCUCCCAGCUGUAGCCCCCCAGCACGAAGAUCUUGCCCCCCCACACCGCCUGACCCGCCUCGCUGUUGGGCAGCAGCAGGGGCGCCAAGCGGGUCCACUGACUGCCGCCGGUGUCGAAGGACUCGGCGUGCAGCAGGUCGAAGCGGUCGGUGGUGGCCGUGUCGUCGUCGCUGCCCCCGAAAACGUAGAUCCUCUGGCCGUGCGAGGCCAUGCAGUGCCAGCCCCGGGCCUCCAGCAUGGCGGGCCGCUCCAGCCAGGACCGGGCCGACGGCUCGUAGCUCAGGAAGUCCUUACGGUACUCUCCGAUCUGCACGUCGUGCCCGCCCGAGACGUAGAGCAGCCCCUGGUGGACCGUGCCGGCGUGACUGUAGGUCGACCUGGCGAGACAGCAGAUGCUCAGAGGCGCUGCGAUGGCCGCCGGCGCUCGGCGGGUACCUGGGCAGGCCGCUCACGUAGGACCAGCUGUCGGAGGCCGGACUGUAGCGCUCCACCGAGGACAGAGCGCCGCUCUUGUUCCGCCCCCCCACCG